GCAGCAGUAUGCAGUGUUGAAGAAGGCACCGAGUGGCUGCUGGAGCUGCUGAUGGAAGUGCAACUGCAGCAGUACUUCCUGCGCAUCCGAGAUGAGCUCAACAUUACACGACUCUCACACUUUGACUAUGUCAAGAAUGAGGACCUGGAGAAGAUCGGCAUGGGCCGGGCCUGGUGAGUUAGUAAAGGUCAAAGACGGCUGUGGGAAGCUGUGAAGAGGAGAAAAAACAUGUGCAAACGAAAAUCAUGGAUGAGCAAGGUGUUCAGUGGCAAGAGACCAGAAGAGAGGACUUCAAUCCUCAACCAGCGAGUACUUUCCGGAAACUCUCUCCUACGCCUCCGUUGGUGGACGGCCAGCAGCAGGCCCUCACCUGCCUCAUCAGCGAGAAAGACCUAGCCCUCUUUGAGAAACUAGGUGACGGCUCCUUCGGUGUGGUCAAGCGUGGAGAAUGGUUCACGCCGAACGGAAAAGUGCUCAACGUGGCAGUGAAGUGUCUGAAGACGGACGUGCUCAACCAGCCAGAUGCUCUGGACGACUUCAUCCGCGAGGUCAACGCCAUGCACUCGCUCGACCACCAGAACCUCAUCCGGCUCUAUGGAGUCGUCCUCACACACCCCAUGAAGAUGGUGACUGAGCUUGCCCCUCUCGGCUCCAUGCUGGACCGCUUGCGAAAGACUCUGGGCCAUUUCCUCAUCUCUACCUUGUGUCAGUACACUAUCCAGAUAUCCAAUGGCAUGGGUUACCUGGAGUCCAAACGCUUCAUCCACCGGGACCUGGCUGCUAGAAACAUACUGCUGGCUUCAAGCGAGCAGGUCAAAAUCGGAGACUUCGGACUGAUGAGGGCACUGCCCAAAAACGAUGACCAUUACGUCAUGCAGGAGCACCGCAAAGUCCCGUUUGCCUGGUGUGCCCCAGAGAGCCUGAAGACACGCACGUUUUCUCAUGCCACAGACACAUGGAUGUUUGGUGUGACGCUGUGGGAAAUGUUUACUUAUGGUCAGGAGCCCUGGCUGGGGCUAAAUGGUAGUCAGAUUCUUCACAAAAUUGACAAGGAGGGCGAAAGGCUGCCUAAGCCAGAGGACUGUCCUCAAGACCUCUAUAAUGUAAUGAUGCAGUGCUGGGCUCAAAAACCAGAUGACCGGCCCACCUUUGUUGCCCUAAGGGAGUUUCUAGUAGAGACCAUGCCUACAGACAUGAGGGCCCUGCAAGACUUUGAUGAACCUGACAAGCUUCAAAUCCUGAUGGAUGAUGUCAUUACCAUCAUAGAGGGCAGGGCAGAGAACUACUGGUGGAGAGGUCAGAACAAGCGCACCCUGAAGGUUGGUCAGUUUCCCAGGAACACGGUGACGUCAGUGGCAGGUCUGUCGGCCCACGACAUCAGCAGACCACUGAAGAACAGCUUCAUCCACACAGGCCAUGGAGACACCAACCCGCACCGCUGCUGGGGCUUUCCUGACAGGAUUGAUGAUCUUUAUCUUGGGAAUCCCAUGGAUCCGCCAGAUGUUCUUGGGCUGGAUUUGAACUCUGCCAGACCAACUCAACUCCCCGGACGAGCAAAAAAGGACCCUCCCCCUCGGCCCCCUCAGCCGUCUUUGCUGGUUAAGAGUAAGUGUGGACCCUCAGUUCAGUUUAAGCACUGCUCAUGCCCCCUCUGUUCACUUCUAGCACCCCUCAUCAAAGAACCCUGUUAUGAUGCUGUUGCUGAAGAUGAGGAACAAACUUAUUCCGCCCUCCGACGGCUCUCUUUAAAGAAAAAGGGCCUUAAACUCAAACCAGCCGCCUGGGUCUCGGCUACCAGAUUAGGGGAUCGCUCCACAUACGGUGCACGGACUCCAGGGGGCAGCACACCUACAGAAGUCUCUCUCAUAGACUUCGGAGAAGAGUUUCCAUCAGCUACAUCAUCACCCUCUCCUGUGGUGGAGAUUCAAAUCCCAACCCUUGCUAAGCUAGCACUUGACGCAGAGAACAUUUUGGAUAGAACUCCUCCUCAGAGCCCCUCGCAGACUCUACCGCGGCCCCUUCAUCCUACCCCAGUGGUGGACUGGGAUGCCCGGCCUCUUCCUCCACCCCCAGCCUACGACGAUGUAGCACAAGACGAGGACGACUAUGAAGUAAGUUCCAUAAAUAGUGCGGAACGAGCAGCUGAUGAGCCUUGCUCUCCACACACGCCCUGCACUCCUACCGGCGAGAGCAAACCUCAUGUAGAAGACAAUUUAUUUUUGCCUUGCCUGAGCAAUGCCUGCACCUUCUCGCAGUCCGCCGAGAUCUUCCAAGAGCUCCAGCAGGAGUGCAUGAGGCACCUUAAAGUACCUGUGAACUCGACCAGUCCUGGACUGGAACCACAUCGACAGAUUGUCCUCACUUUUUCUGAAGACAAACCCCAGAUACCGCCACGAAUCCCUAUACCACCUCGUCCAGUCAAACGUGCUGGUGGUGAUUACAGUCGUUUGUCUGGUGACCUGUCUCCGGUUUUUGUAAAUGAGGAUGAUAAAGAGCGUCCGCCUCAGAUUCCCCCUCGUGACCCAUUCUCUCAACCGGGAUCUCGGACUCCGAGUCCCCAUGUGGGAUCCCCUCAGACUCGUAGUAGCCUCUGCUCCGCUGCCUCCAUCUACGGCUCAUCCUACCUCUCCACCUCACCCGCUAAACUCAUGCCGACCACACAGAGCUUUGCCUCAGAUCCCAAAUAUGCUGCUCCCAAAGUCAUCCAGGCACAGGGCAAAGAUAAGGAGCCGACCAAAGGCCCCUGCAUUCUGCCUAUCGUACGUGAUGGUAAGAAGGUCAGCAACACGCACUACUACCUCCUGCCCGAGAGGCCUCCGUAUCUGGAUCGCUACGACAAGUUCUUCAGAGAGGCUGAGAGUGGUGAGGAGAAGAAGCAGGUGAACACCGCCACUGUCAAGCCUAUGGUUCAUCAGCACGGGGAACUCAAGUCCAACUUUUCCUCCAACAACAAUAGCAGUCUGACAGCUUCUGGAUUUAGAGGCGGACUGAAGAGCUCCCUCAGCCUGUGCCGAGUAAGCUCUGAUGGCUCGUUUAACAAAGCUGACAGCAACCAUGACAGAGUCAGACUGGUGCAGGAGGCCGUUCAUGGAGUAACAAUUGAAGAAUGCCUGACGGCUUUACAGAAUCACAGCUGGAAUGUGCAGAAGGCUGUGCACUACUUGAAGGUGGAGCAGCUCUUCUGUCUGGGGCUGAAGACCCGGCUGGAGUGUCAGCAGAUUCUGGAGAUGUAUGACUGGAAUCUGGAGUUAGCCAGCACACAAAUGCUGGACUCCUAUGGCUCAGUAAAGCUACGACGAUGAUGUAUUGGAAAAGCCUCAUGCCCUAAAAGACUUUUGAGAGGGGACACUGAGGGCCAACCAGGACUCUAUCCUAGCACAUUUUACCUCUGUGUGUGUGUAUAUGUGUGUGUGCGUGUACAAGACAGUGACUGUGCUCCUCCAGAACUUUCUCUCCAGAGUGCAAUACCGAGUUCACAGGUCAAAGUGAAUAGCAACAGACGGAAAACAAGGUGCUGCUUGUCAAUUUUCAUACUUUUAUAUGAAAGCCUGUACUGAUGUAUAUAUUAUCAGAUGUUUUGCAUAUACGUGUGCAUCUGAUUAGAGUUUUGGUUAGAUAUUUGUCAGGUUUUAUUUAAUGUUGUUCGAGGGUCACCUUUAACCAUGAACGUGUAUCAUGACCUGUUGUGUGUUUGUUUAAACCGUUGAGCUAUCAUCCUUUGUUGACGUAGCUUUAAGACCCUCGCUUUGCCUUUUUUGGUAUUAUUAUUAUUAUUAUUUUUGUACUUGUUCAUGAAUCACUCAUUGUAAGCGUCGGACUUUGCUGGUGCCGUCAGUAAAGUCACCAAAUGAUUAUUUGCACAAAAACUGCUUCCAAGUAGAAGGCAAAAAACCUUUGUAAGAGCAUCAGAAGACCUCCAACGCACACACAUAACUGACUGAAACUCUUCUUCUUGCAUAUUUUAGUUCAGUGUUUUUUUAUUACUAUUAUUUAUCUUUAAUAUAUCAAGCACAACUGUUAACACCAGUCUCAAAUCCUCAUACAGGGAUGUUUCUGCCAUCAUAUCACUCCAAUGUUGGAGAUCGUACAGUGAGGUGUUUGACCUGUCAAGCUGCUCUUAUAAAAUCCCAACAAAUUCUGAUUGUGUGUUUAAUUUAUGAACCAGCAUACAAGCCCACAGCGAUGUUUAAGAAAUGUAAGAUACCCCCCUCCCCCCUUGUGUAACUAAAUGGCUGUCUAAACUGCAGUGCUGUUGACUUUAGCGCCCUUAUUUUGUAAUUGAAAAUCACAUAGAUGCUGCUUCUGUGUUCAUGAUGAAACCAAACUUAUAUUUCCAUCUCCCCUGCCAAACUCUGUGUCGUGCAUUAUGAAACUCCAUCCAGCUUUUGACCAGAUUGGAAGCAAGUCCUAGUCUUACCCUCAUGCUGUUGUAGUUUUACAAAGACUGGCAACCCCGUUCACAUGCUCUUCUUUUAUAGUUCUCCAUCUACUCUCUCUUACUGUGUUCUUAAAUGGGUUGGCUCCCAAUAGCUUUACAAAUUAGAACCUUGGUAUCGUAACAGCGUACGAAGCAUAAUAAUGCAAACGUUUAUAGUAUAUAAUAUAAAAAUAUAAAUGUAUUUUUUAUUAAAAUUAUUAUUUUUAUUA